UCAACUGUAGUAGGACAGCAUUGAAGGCCCAGGUAUAAAAUGCACGGCCCACCACUGGUUGGUACUGAUCUGACUGAAUGGCUUCAAGCAAAUAUCUCAUUAUUUAUCAUUAGUGAAGUCCAUAGGGAAUCUUCCAUUACUUUUUGCCAUCUUGGUGACUGAAGCCCUAUUUGCAUGGGACUAGUAUUGUAAAUAACAGGGCUGCCGAUUUGCACAGCACUAAUAUUAUUACAUGACCUCUGUGUUUGGCAAAAUAUGGUCGGUAAUAUGCGGUGAAAUUUGUACAUGACAAGUUACGGACUUGACAGCUUUGCACAGAAUUAAAAUCACAGACGACAUCUGAAAUUAUGAGAAAUGACUAGAGGUCCCCAGAUAGCACUGUGUGAAUAGGACUUCACGCUGUCACAAGUAGUUUAAAGAGUGAACUUGUGGUGUAGUCAAAUGAUCUACCCAUUGAGCCUCAGACCUGCAACAGUGUUCAUGCGGAGCUGUCUAACAGACGGAUGAGUUUGGUGCUGACAGCAGGCCUCAAUCAACUGUGUCAAAUUGCUGCCAAAAAUAAGAUUAAAUCAGUCUGGUGAAGUGGUGCCAUGCUUGCUCGCAAAAUAUUCAUUUGAUUUGUAGAAAAUGAUGAUUCAGCCCAGAGGUCUUUGUUAGGCUGCAAAAACUGGUUUGACUGCAGACUCAACUCCAGUGUCACAUGUCAAGAUGCUAAUCGGACUGUAAAUAACCAGCAGCGCAGGGCUCGGGUAUCACGCGGCUACACUGGAACCCCAGAAAUACAGCCCCUUACCUUAUCGUGGUCAGACAGAUAGCCGAUGAAGGAGCCUUGUCCCCAAAUUUACACCACCUUGAAGGUCUUAAAUACAUGCGUGUAUGCAUGUAUGUUGGGGGUGGGGGCCGCUGCUCUUAGCUAACUAACAACUGCUUUCUAGCCCGAUCCAUAAUGAGCAGACAGUAAGAGCUGCUCUCGUCAGCGAUGUCUGGCUUUGUGAGAGAUGGAUGGAGGGAAUGAUACAAAGGGAGGAAGCCAUUCAUGACUGGUGAAAGCCAGUGAUCUCUCCCAGAACUUGCCAUUACAGCGUCCAUGCACAGGUCGGUUAGGUUUACUCAUCUUAAUAACAAUAGCAGUGUUGCUACGAAGCUUUGGAGAGUGUGGGACUGAAUUAGCACGGGGCUAGAGGAGGGCACUGCUAUACAAACUGCUCCUGUAAAGCCAUUGUUUGCAAAACUUAGCAUACAUAUGUGCGUGAGAAAAACAGAGCAGGCAGGAAUGCACUAAACAGAGGCCCUCUGUUUCAAUGCAUGCUGGUGGUGGCAGGUAGUAAUUUAAACUCUGCCAGAGGAAUCCACUGGGACUCACCAGGGCUGUUCUGACCUCCACACCACAAGCCACUGGCCUUGUCCUUCGUCUUCAGAUCCAGCUGCAACAGGAAGCCAUGCUAACUGUCUUGCCUAAAGGAACCCGAUGGAUUUCUCUGUAGUGGCAGCGCUGGGGAAGAUUAGAAUAAUGCAAAGGGAAGGAAAGUGCAUUUCAGGACUGUCUGUGCUCCCUUUUGUGCAGCUGCUUAGCGUAGACUACUCAGGCUUUAUUAUACGUAAUAUUCCCCUGUCAACACCAUGCAAAUAGAGAUCAAUUACAUUUUUCAUUUAACAUGUGAUGGUGUUUAAAAUCUUCAGCUGUCAGGUUUUCAGGUGAGACGUGCCUAAACCUGCAAGCAGCUCCCAUGUUGAAAGACUGUGCUGGAAUGCAGCAAACUGUGUGUGUGGAAUAGAGAAAGUGUUGUAAGACAUGUAAGGGCAGAUGGAAGAGUAGGGGGAUGCUUGGCCUCUGAACAAACCAAAGUGAGACUAACCCUGCAGGCAGCUACUAGAAUCAGCCUCUGCCACAUCCUGCUGGUUUUAUUAGUGUGUGUGUGUGUGUGUUUGUCCCACUUCCACUGUUGUAGUUCUGUUAUUCCACGGGUAGCGACACAGAUAUCUGCUAAUACCAUGUGGGACCUUGUCUUCACGCUUAAUGAAUCUCUGCAAAAUGAAAAAACAUAGCAACAAAUAUAACUCUGGUUCCAGGACUUGUGCUUCUUAACAGGAAAACGGUCAACGUCCACUUGGAAAUAUCUUCUGCUGUAGAGGAUUUCAUGCUUUUUGUAGCAGUCAGAGACAUCAGAGACUCACUCAUAUGUGUUCAAACCUCCCGCACGCAUUUUUGUUCUGUAGCAAAAGCUGUGAUUAGCCUGACUGGGUUUUGAAGCUCUGUGUGGUUACUGGGACAGGUUCCAAGACACUGGUCUCACAGCUCCCGCUCGGAAACGUCUCAAAGGAAAAGUCCACCAAGAAAUGUUUCAUAAACAUAACUUCUUUAUUCAAACCACAAAUAUGUGACGGUGACAGCAUGGGCUUAAAGUAGAUGAUGUUCCCUUGACUAUGAACUGAAAAUGUAUUUUUGUGUUUAUGAGAGAAUCCGAAUGAGCACAAACUAAUGGUAGUAAUAAUCAAGUAUGCAAUAUUUAACAUUAUAUCACAUUGUGGGUACCAUUUGUGCCUGCAGAUUGUAUUAUUGAUUGUAAAACACAUUUACAUGUUUAUGACACUUACUGGAGCUGUACCACAUCACAGAAAAUGAAAACCAGCUAGCUGAUAGCUGAGUUGACUCGUGGGCUGCACUUUAUUGGGCUCAUUUGUGUUACUGUUACUGUAAAUGGUACUGUCUUAUUGCUGGAUAUUGUAGAGGUGAAGAUAUGGAACGUUUACGUGACCUUCACAUAAUCACUCUCCACGAUCACACACUCAUGUCCCACAAAAGGUUCACUAUAUUGGGAAUUACAAACUCAUGGGUUAAAAGAAAAGCUUUUGUGAACAGUGAGACAAACCUUUAGAGAAAACAAUGUCUGUCUCCCAGCCAAUCCAAAUGGACCUUUCAAUAUAUCAAAUGAUGGUUGGUAUGUGAGAGUACACAUUGACACUUAAAUCCAUCUCCCCUUUAGCUUCAUCUCAGCCUGAUGCAGAUGGUGCUGCUAGUAGAUAUUGACAUAUGCAUUGAUGUACAUAUGGCCUCUUGAUGCCAUUUAUGCUGGCGACAAAUUAUCUGUUAAGUGCCAGCAUCUCGAUCCAUUAACUGACGUUGACCCUAACAGCUUGGCUGCAGGCCUCCAGAGGUGUACUUUUACAUGGGGGUGAGGAACCCUGCAGAUGGUGCAGGACUGUCCUCUUUAAGUGCUGACAUUGAAUCCAUCAUUUACCUCUGAGAGUCAUCCCAAAUCCCUCAGGUUGUAACCCAGCGUCCCUCGGAGGGAAACCUGCAACCAUCCUGAGGGAAAAGUAAGGCAAUCAAGAAUGAAAACUAGGAUCUCAGGUUUGUGUUAAAGAUUAGCUUCUUUAUCCCGGGUCAAUUCAGAUUUAUUUCACAGUCAUCAUGGCAGCCAAGAUGGAAGAUGUUUUCAUUCCAAACUGCAAAAGUACUUCAAAGUAGAAUGCUAAAAAGAGGAUUUAUUUUGGAGGAGAGGAAAGCAGUCUCCAUUCCGAGUUAGCCGUACAUUUGCCAGAAAAGCUCAGAUUAAAAUGUAAACUGCGGGAUCAAACAGCUGACAUAGCAUUAAUGUGCAGGGAACUGGCCUUAAUCUGAUCCAUGAAUCAUGCUGGAGAUAAUUACCAUCUGCUCACUUACACUUCCUGUCCCCGGAACACUGUCUUGUUUUCAAUCAAUUGCAUCUCCCGAAAUAAGAUUACAGCUAUCAUUUUUUAUUUUUUGGAGGAGGGGCUGCAUGGCUGCAUCUUCUCCAGGUGAUGACCAGUAUGUGUGACUGCAGGAAGGGCAAGCAGUUUAUUUCUUUCCCACUGUUUUGAUGGUGGGGUCGAGGGCUCAGAGCAGUGAAGCUGAAAUGUUCUUAUUUAUGCUGUGCAUAACACUGCAAUCCCAGAUUAGAUUAAGACCGUUUGCCUCCUUCCUUGGAGCUCCUGCUCUACUUCACUUAAAUAGUCCAAGAAGUCUUUCAAGAAGUCUUUUAUUUCUUACAUUUCAAGACAGAAUACAACUGCAGAUGAGCCGUGAUCAUCUAGGGAAUGCUUUCAUCCAAAAUGCCCCAUAGUACCAUACAUGCACAGAGUACAUUCUUUCAGCAGGUACCUAGUGGCCAGUAGAGAUACUCUUUAUGCCAUGCCAUCCACCUGUUUACAACCUAUCAUACAGUACAAGCAAACUUCAUAUUUAAUACCAGUGACGGAAUAAGCAACAAUAGAAUUUUGACCAAAAAAACCAUCCUUUGGUAUUAUUUAUGUAGAGCUAGACAACACAAGCAAACCCCACAACCAUCAUCACAUUUCCAUUCAAAUGCAGCUGAUUGGUGGAGGGAAAUACUGUGAAAAAUAAUAUUAAAACAGAAAACUGUGUGUUCAUGUUGGACCCUAUUGUAAGACUGGAAUCGUGUGAUGAUCAGAUAUGACCACUAGCCGGUGCUGUUUAGGGGUUUGAUGCACUGUUGCCAACUUAGCAACUUUUCAGGCUACCCUAGCAACUUUUUUUCAAACAGCACCUAGCAACAAAUUUAGCAACUUAUGAAAAUAUAUUUGGCACUUUUAGCAACUUUUUUAAAGUGACUCAAAUGCUAAAAUGCACACAGGCAUUUUCCAUCUAAAUGACACAAAAAAGAUUUUCUCAUCACACACACAGCCACACCCACAGCACACGUGCCUGGCUGCAAAAGUGCAUUGUGGGUGACGUCAACAGCAUGUGCUCAGCUCGUGCACAGGAGGGGGCAGCAGCCGAGUGAGCCGAGCCGAGUUAGCCGACAGCCCGACAGUGACACACAGCAAAUCAUUGUUGGCUGACUGCAGCAGCAGCAGUAUGUCUCAGUCAAAAUUGUACAGCCAGAAGUACAGAAAAGAGUGGAAGUCUGUACCUGAAUUUAAAGGGUGGCUAAAGCCAGUAAUUGGGGAUGAUUGUCAGGCAUACUGUGCGUACUGCAAAUCAGAUAUGCUUGCAAAAAUCUAUGACAUCAGAAAACAUUGUGCUACAGCAAAGCAUAUAAAUAAAUCAAAACCGCACAACCCUGCAACGCAAUCUAGAUUACCACAGUUGGUUAAGAAAGUGGAUAAAUGCAAAAGCGCAGAAGCUACUAUGGCAAUGGCCAUUGCAGAGCAUUGUUCGCUGCUAGCAUGUGACCAUUUAGGUAUGGCUUGCAAAGCUGCCUUUUCAGAUUCUGUGGCAGCAACAAACUUCUAAAUGCACCGCACUAAGUGCACAGAAAUGAUUAGGGGAGUACUGGCUCCUUAUUUUCUCAAAAGAGUAACAUCAGAUGUGGGGGAUGAGAAGUUUAGUCUCCUUUUGGAUGAGUCCACUGAUGUCAGUGUCUCGAAAUACUUGGGUGUGGUGAUUCGGUAUUUCAGUGCUAUAAAAAGAACCGUUGUGUCCACAUUUCUCGGGCUGGUUGAAUUGGAGGGGAGCGAUGCCAAAUCAAUAGCAAAGGCAGUAGUUGAGUUACUUAAGAAGUGUAACCUUAAAAAAGAGAAUCUUCACAGUAUUGGCACUGAUAAUGUGUCCGUGAUGACUGGGGUGCACAACGGGGUACACAAGAUUUUAAAGGAAGAAUGUGCAUUGCCCAAUUUGGUACUCAUCUGCUGUGUGUACCAUUCUUUACAAUUAGCUGUCAGUGCUGCAUCCAAAGAAACCAUCCCUAGGAGUGUUGAGUACCUAAUCAGGGAAACCUACAACUGGUUUUCGAUUUCCCCAAAAAGGCGCGAGGCAUACAAAGCAGUGUAUGCCACAAUUAAUUGUGGCCAGAAACCCUUGCAGAUCACCAAAGUGUGUGCCACACGUUGGCUAUCGAUUGAGCCUGCGGUAACUCGUAUAUUGAGCUAGUGGGAUGAAUUGAAACUCCACUUUGAGUUGACCAAGGCCAGUGAUCAUUGCUACAUGGCGGAUGUGCUCCAUGCCAUGUACGUGGACAAGACCAACUAUGUCUACCUGACAUUCUUGAAAUCAAUCUUGUCCGACGUACAAGUUGCAUUGAAGUCAUUUGAGGGAGAGCAAACAGAUCCUGUCAAGCUUUUGGACAAUCUGGUACACCUCUUAACAUCAAUUUGCAGCAGAGUAGUCCACCCUAUGGCAAAAAUUGAUGUCCUGAAGGAUGCCAUUGAUGGACAUCUCAGUCCAUCACCAUACCUUGGGUACCUUUUCGAGAGCACAGUGUCCCGACUCAGUCUUGCGCCAGACGACGAAAAGGUCAUUCGUAGAUGGUGCAUCAACUACAUUGUUGCUUUAAGCAAGGAGCUGCAAGGAAGGCUCCCAGACAACCUAGAAGCCUUGCGAAACAUGGCCUUGUUCAGUGUUAAGGACACGCUAAACCACAAUAAAGGCACCACUGAAAUUAUUAAAGUAGCUGAGCUACUGGGGUACCAUCCCCAAACAAUUGACAAAAUUGUUUCCCAAUGGAGAAUCAUCCAUCUGUUUAGGUGGGACUCAACUGAAAAUACAGUUGAGUUUUGGAGUGAAGUGAAACACUACAGGGACACUUCCGGGUCAAAUCCAUUUGAAGAACUGUGCAAAGCUGCACUCGCUGCCCUCUCCUUGCCACACUCAAAUGCGGAGGUUGAACGGCUGUUCAGCCAAAUGAGUGUGGUCAAGUCAAAGCUGAGAAAUAGGAUGUUACUGCACACUCUCAACUCCAUACUCCUGGUGCGGUAUGGACUGAAGCUGGCUGGAGAUACCUGUUACCAGCACAAACUACCAAGUGAAGUUCUGGAGCAGUUUGGCACCAAAACAGCAUACGGCUUUAAGGUCACUCCAUCCUCUUCUGCUGGUUCCAGCUCCGUGACAAUGCAGUUGGACAGUGAAGAUGAAGAGGUUUUCUUUUCCACUUUUUGAUUCAUCAUAUUUACAGUAUGUAUGCAAGGAGUGGACUUUCUGGAACUGGCGGAGACACACAGCUGAUGGUGGCAGUGUGCACUGCCAUGUGAGCGAGAACAGUGGCAAUAUCUGGAGGAAACCAUUGAGCAGCUAGCCAGCCAAGCAGCACAACAGCCUGGAGACAGCUGGAAAGAGAUGCCCAGUGCACACAUCAUUAUUUGAGUUAAGUUGCUUGCUCAAUAAGAUAUCAUAUAUACGGUACCUUGUCAUUAGCUUGUACCUAUAAUUAUUGAUCAGUUUGGUUGCAUGUUAACUAACUACCAGUACACUGCAUAAAUUGUUCAGAAUGUGUAGGUUUACAAGUUAAUAAGAAAAGAAAAAAAGUAAUUGGUCAAUAAUGUGUAAUUGUUCAAUAAUUCAAUGUGUUGUGUUUAAAAAUAUCUGAUCAUAUAAAAUGUGUUGUGUUUAAAUUACUUCUACAAAUAAAAAUGUGAUAAUAAACAAAAAAUCUUAAUUAACAGAUGUCAAAUCAUAUUAUUUGUCGAGAUGGACAGUCAAUUUGAGUAACGUUAUUGUGUAGUCUACGUAAUUGCGCAGUUUUACGUUAUUACGUAAUGACGUCAUCACGUAAUGAUGUCACAACGUCAUUUAGCAACUUUUAGCAACUAAUCGACCUGCCUCUAGCAACUUCCCCGGAAAAAUAGUUGGCAACAGUAGCUUGAUGUGAUGGGGAUGGAGUGACGGGAGAAGAAGAGUAGCGGGAGAGUGUGAUUUGAUUUUGUCCGGUUCAGUGGAGUCUUGACUAAAGUUAUGAGGAAAACCCAGAAUGUGUUGGACUGAUUCAUUCCAUAUCUUACACUAUCACUUACAGUACGGUGAGGAACUGACUUCAGGACGUUUUCAAAUGAAAAUGUAAGUACUGUAGAUCCAGUUCGUACACAGAAACUGAUUUUGAUCAUUAAAAAGCAAAUCUCUCAGUAGUGUCCCGACUUAAUGAAUCCCUGGAGGGCCCCUUUGAAGAUGCUUUGUGCGACCAGGUAUUAUACUGUAUGUGUGCUCUAUACAACAUCAGUGUCAUUAUUCAGGACACAUGUUAACACGAGGUGGGGAGGAGGAAGUCUGUGCUUCAUAUCUGGCGACAGAUAUGUGGGUGAAGUCUAAACAUCUACCUUUGUAUGCUGACGACACACAGAGUCAACAGACAGCAGGAUCAUUGCUUUCCCCCCAUCGAGCUUCCUUUUGUAGCCAGCCUACAGUCUGACUCCCAGUCUGCCUUUGAUCACUGCUAUGCAGAAACCCUUGGGAUGACUCAUGCAGAUAGGCAUCCAUACACAGGCAAAAAUAAUGUCUCACUCACUCACUACUUAUUGUUAGGUAGGCUGAUAUGUGAUCAGUAAUUGGUUAGUUUAGUUCAUGCAUAGUGUAUGAAUCUAUAUACUGUAUAGAUUCAUGCACUCUGCAUGAACUAAACUAACCAAUUACCUCUACUUCCCUCUACUGUGAGAUUCAGUUUAUUCUUUGGACUUUCUGUUGAUAAAGGUUGAGCUUCUGGAGGUGCUGGUCUUUGUCUGCCAUGGUGGCAUUACUGCUCAUGCUAAUACUUUAUUCUUUAUUCCAUAUAUUAAACAUUUACUUGCUGUUGACAUUUUCAAGGAAAGGCGUAAAGUAUCGGCAUCUCUCAAUCCUGCAAAAACAGAUUUGUUGGGCCAGCAGCAGAGGUGCCAAAAUUACUCCUCACAUGGAGGCGAUGAUUAAACAUUUAGAAAAUCAAUAAUAAAUGAUUACUACUAACAGAAACAAGUUCUGUGUGUUGAUAAUCCUAAAAUAUCAUGUUUUAGUUGUGACAAAAAGUAAACGGGACACGGUGCUGUCUUGCUGCCGCUGCCUUCUUGACAAAUCAUUCCGGGAUGCUUUGGCUUCAAGAGCUCGUACAUAGCAGUCCAAUGUCCAGAGUUUACAGAGCACUGCAUUGUUGGAUCUCUGUCUCAAAUACUUUGGAGGAUCAUGGGCGAUAUUUUUUAGCUGGUGCUUGUUCUCCGGGGGAAUCCAUGCUUUUACUGGGCGCCGCCCAACUUCUUUGGACAUGUCAACACCCGAUAUUCCCCCUCUUGUAGCUCUGCUUUUGGUUUCUACCUACUCCUGAGAGAAACAUCUGUCUCUUGAGCUGCUAAAUGCUCCUUUAUGUUCACCAGCUGGAGCAAGCUGUUCUCAUACAGAAUUCGUAGGUAUACCUACGAAAAACAAUGUGCCGUAUUUCAUAGAUUAUUUUGUAUGUUAUUCACGUAAUCAAGAACCAGGAAGUAUAAAGACUGCAAAAGCACACACAGGCUGGAGACACACUCGGUGUACGAGUCCAACAACCAGCGGCCUUUCAGCCAGGAGACCGCUGUUUGUUCCCCACAUGAAACGAGAAGUCAACGUUGAUGUAUUUUUCACAUAACUUGUGUUACGCAGUAACAGCACUUCUGUGGUUAUUUUAACCCAAACAACGAUCUAUUCCUAAACCUACUCAGCAGUUUUGUUGCCGAAAUCUAACAGAAGUUGAUUUUGAAAAGAAUGUAAUCAUGAAACGAGCAAAAAUUUAUGUGUUGCUGGACUUUCAUAGGAAAACACAAGAAAAAUGAGAAGUAGCUCUUUGUAAGAUAUCAUACGUUGUAUGAGGAUACGCUUGUGUCUGAGCAUUUAGCAUUCAGUGGCUUUUUAGAGCGACUUCUCUGAAAACAGCUGGAUGAGUGAACCAAAACAGUAAAGUUGUACCUGGACAGUUAAACAAUGAAGUGAAACUCACAGCCAUGCUCUGCCUGUGGACGCUGGUCUCAAUCAUCUCUGGCAGAGAAGAUCUAACUACAUAUAUUUCUCACACGUCUUCCCUUGGGCAUAUGUCAUUUCACAGCAUCAUCCAGAAGCAGCAUUCAUAUAAAUUGCACCUCUCUGUGAGAAGGGAACGGUCCAGCCAACACUCUAUGCUCCAGAGAAGAGACAGGUGCAUGUGUAGUCAUGCUAAUGCUUAGUAAUCAACUUCUCGCCUGAACAAGGGCUUAACCUCUGACAUUUCAGAUAUCAGCGCAGCAGCAGACAUGCAAAUGUUUCCUCUGCUGUUCUCAAGCUUGAUAGAAGCAGAGCGAAAUGAGCAUUCAGGUAUUUUCAUACCUGACACAGCAUUCAGACGGGUGAUAAAUGAGAUACGCUGCUGUUCUAUUAGCCAGGAUCAUGAUGAAUUCUAAAAGAUAGUUUUAAUCUCAGUAAGGCAUUUUUCUGGUUAAUAUAAGAUUAUUAUUAUUUGAUAUCGGUAAAAUAAUGGUCAAGGGUCUUCUAGCUCCUUGUGGUCAAGUCACUUUAACAUCUUUUUGCAUCUUGCAUCGACAUUAACAGCAGUUGUGUUAAGUGUAUACAAGAUUUGGAAGUAGUUUGUUUCUUCACUUAUGGCAUAAGCUGUUGACUGAGCUGCACCACACUGACACACACACAAAUAUUGACAAAGAGCCAUGACACAUGGGUUUGUCCCAAAGCUGCGACACUCUACACCUGCAAAGGAACAGGCUGAGUCGUCUUAUGUUUGCUAGCGGUGUUGAAGGUGAUGAGGGAAUGGAUGCGUCCGCCAGUUUAUUGUUGCUUUGUGUUGUCACUCAGCGUUAAGUCCACCAUACUCCCUGAGCUUAAGUGUUUUUAUUUAUUUCAGUUCUUUUACAGGUGGGAGGUGUAAUCACAGUUCGUUUGAUUUGGAGGAAUCCCAUUUCACUGUGACAGCUGCACGCUGGCAUGGUUUGGGGCUCUAUGCCGGUUCACGCACACCCAUCCUCUGGAUACCAGUUUGACUUGCUGACUGGGAUGAGUUGUUGCAUGAGGAAGUCUUGAUGCUCUUGUUAUAAUGCAUAUAUUGUCUCCCCCUGUAUGACUUGUUCAGUCGAUGCCUUUUCGUGUCACUGCGCUCAGUAAUCACUUUUUAUUGCACUCUAGACAGUGUGAAAAAUAGUAAUUACUGGUUAAAUCCAACCAAAACUAAGACUGUGUUCUGGCCAAAUGAUCCAGCUGCUGGUGCUGGAGGUUCAGUUCAUAUCACAUGAACAUGUGUAAUAUCUGUCUGAGUGGUUAGUUCAUUGCUCCCCUUGUGUCGUGACAUGGCCAAAAUCAAACUGAAUUCAAACAACUCACAAUGAGAGCUGUUCUUUAGUUCUGAACAUAAUAAAUAUGCAUACACACGCACUUACUGUAAGCUCAAAAACAUGAAAUCAGUCAAAAUACUGGAGGGCAAAAAGACAUCCUUGCUUUUUAUUUUGGAAUACUAAACUUUUUUACUGUCAUUUCAAAUCCACAGUUCCUUUGCCUUUCAUGUGUACUUCUCCUUUACAGUUUGAUAUCACAGAGUGCUCAGAGGAGAUGUGAGAGGACACAGAGCGCUCAGAGGAGAUGUGAGAGGACACAGAGCGCUCAGAGGAGAUGUGAGAGGACACAGAGCGCUCAGAGGAGAUGUGAGAGGACACAGAGCACUCAGAGGAGAUGUGAGAGGAGAAGAAACCCAGUUGGAUGUAUUUCAACUCGAAAAGUGCAAAAAGUUGAUGAACACAUCAAAAGUAGUAACUUUGCAGAGUCAACUAAGGUGCUUUUAUGGUGAUGAAGUCUGGAUGGGGAGACCCUUUUUUCACCCCCCUCAUUGUUCAGCUGGUGGCUCAUCGUGAGAUAACAACUGUUAUCGGAGCAAACACAACCAGGCCUUCAGGACAGAAACGGUUGCAGGUUUUUGUUUAUGAAAGGCAGUUAUAACCACUGAUUUUUACUGCACAUUCCCUCCAGAAAACCUGCAGCAUUUUACUGUGCUGCACAGUCCUGGUUGUGAAGCAGCCAGGCUGAGCUGGAUCUGGGGGAGUAGGUACUGCCGGAGGAUUAGCUGAGCGGAGUUUCUGGAGAACCUGUAAGAUUAGUUCUGAUUUCAGUGGAAUCCGACCCGGUAGCACAGAUGACAAGCAGUAACAAUUACCACACACAAAUAAACGAUCUUCUCUCUGAUGGUCUCCUUUACUUGUGUAGGUCAUAUAGAGGCAUCAGUGCUAAACUGAGACUUUAACUGAGUUUAAAGAACCAGUUUUCUCAUAGUAUCUCCAAAGUUACUCCUUAAAGUCUUUUGCUUUUGAAGAUGUAUUUUCUAUCCAGGUAGUCUCUUGUCCCCUGCAGAAUCCUGGCAGGGUUAGACACACGGCACCCUCUUACCUUAGAGGGGCUGCAAGCUGCUAUUUUCUCCGUUUGGCUAAUGUGACUCACCAGCAAUAUUUACUAGUUCUACUAUUUGUUGAUAAAAAUGCACAAUGUAUGCAUGCUUUGCUGCCAUGAAGACUUUGACGAUUUUAACAUCGCUUCUCCUUUUUUCUGUAAGUCACUGCCACCUUUGUAUAAAUGUGAAAUCCAGUGACAGGAAGUUGUGCCGGGGAACAAACCAAGUUCUUUUUUUGUACCGCUUUAGUUCUUUGCACUGUGAAUACAUAAUUGCAGUGGCAGGCCGUGCAUUUUAUACCUGGGCCUUCACUGCUGUCCUGCAGCUGAAACACCACCUUAUAACCGAUGGCGCCACAGAUAUUCAUUUUUAAGGCUGUAACUAUGUACAUCUUCGUAUUAAACUGUUCAGUACAAGUCAUUUGAAU